GCUACACUGAGGUCCGGUACUCUGAAGAGCAUAAGCGAGUCGUAUACGAGCCAUUGCAGAUGACCCAGGCUUUCCGCAACUUUGAAUCGACUUCGCCGUGGGAGAUGACAGGAGACGGCAAAGUGGCUGAACGACCAGAACAUCUCAAGGUGCCCCCUCCACCACAGCCCGAAAAGCCAGCGGAACAGAAGAAGUAG